GAUGAGAGUUUGGAAAUGCGACGAAGAGAGUGUUGUUUCUUAUUUAAAUAAGAUUUUAAUUGAAUGUAAAGAAUUACUAUUGAAGAAGUCAUUAGAACAAGUUGUCGUUGUUAUAUACGAUGGUUUAGACCAUUCGCCCAAGGAAAGGUGGGCAAUCCGUUUGGAUGAGAGGGAGGAAGUAUCUUCCGAGCAUGAAUCUACCGUUGAGGAAGUUAAGAAGAAAUUUUCAGACAUAUUAAAACAAAUAAAGGCUUCUUCGAAUUUACUACCACUUCACGAUGGGAAAUGUAUCUUCGAUGUACUACUAGUUGUAAAAAAGGAUGUUAGCGUACCGGAAACAUUUGAACCAACUUCAGCACAAUUUUUAACGAAUGCCGAAGAUUUACCUUUUCAAGCUUUGAAUGUACCACACUUUAAAUUAGACUCAUUCGUAACUUAUAAAGUAUAA